GAUUUUAUAUUGAAAAGUUAAAGUCACACUAUUUUACUUUUUCUGUUGCUAAAAAUAAAUCCUUGUAUGAUCUCAUCCCACACGAACAAAACCUUACAAGUUACAACCGCCUACCCCAUUCAAGUAAAAAUCCCAAUCCCAAAAACAAAACCAAAACCAAUUUUUUUUCUUUCAAUUUUUCAACAAAUACCAAUGUCUCAAAACUGAGUUUUAUCCUGCCACUCUCUGUAAUCUCUGACUCCCACCCAAAUCAACCCUUUUCCCAUGAAAUGAAACCCUCUUCCAAUUCCAACACCAACUUCUUCUACCACAAUGACCAUACUACCCCUCCUCAAAACCCAAAUUCCACUCAACUCCCUCCCCAAUCCCAAUCCAACGCCGCCCUCACCAUCCAAUCCAUCUAUCGAUCCCACCGCAUCCGCACCCUCUACCGCAAAAUCUCCACCGUCGACUCCGAAGCCGACCACCUCCAACGCCUAAUCCAGCUUCAAGACACCGUAGACUCAAUCCGCAACAACCACCUGGAAAAACUCAAAAUGAACGAAGCACUCAUGAAUCUACUCCUCAAACUCGAUUCCGUUCCCGGAAUCGAUCCAGCGGUGAGAGAAGCCAGGAGAAAAGUCACCCGUCGGAUCGUCGGUUUACAGGAGAUUCUUGACUCUGUUUCGGAAGCAAAAGUCGAUGAAUGCGACUGGUGGUCGGUGAACAAUUGGGAUCGAGUUAUGGAACAAAUGGAAGAAAGUAUUUGUAGAGAGAAAGGUGGUGAUGAUCUGGAGAAUUUUUGUGCUCAAACUCUUGGGUUUCGUUGCUUACAAAGGUUUCUUCGUGAACCCUGAUUCCCAAUUUAGUAUACAAACAUGCAUACUUACUGUUUGAUAAAAUGUCUCAACUAAAAUUUAUAACUAUGUUUAGCAUAAUACUAUAGUAUAUGUUGUAUGAUAUCAAUAUUUUACUAUCUCUUAACUGUAAGUAGUUAUGUAAUGUACCUAGUUACCUAUCUAAGAAGCUUUGUACUUGAUGAACUUGUUAUAGCAUAAGCAUAUAUACAAGACAAUGAAAUUGAUGUGGCAUGAAUGAGUUAAAUUAGAUAACUUUUGUUGAUUUUGAAAUUA